AUGGCGCAAAGCCUCUACAUCGCAUCUCCACCGCAAGUCCCAGUCAAGUCCGAACCGAAACCAAUUGAUACGCCCAAUUCGAAAGCGAGGUCACAGAGUCUGGCAGGCCCAUCACAUUGUUCGACAAGCUUUCGCACUGGUCAUUUGAACCUUAACACCUUUUCACCAGUCAAUGAAUAUGGAAGUUUUGAGUUUGACCGCGUCCUGAAACGAGGAAAGGUAUUCGGCAAGAUCAAAAGCCGGCAUGCCUUCAAAGCGUCGUGGAAACCCUGCUACCUAGUUCUCCGGCCGAACCUUCUUUCCGUCUACAAGGAUGAAGACGAAGCGAGUCUGCUGCUGUCCGUCAGCCUCUCGGAUGUUGCUGCCGUUGCCCCAGUCCAUUCUGCGCGAUCGACACGUGAACAUGUCUGGGGCAUCUUCUCGCCGUCGCAGAACUAUCGUUUUCAGUCCGCAUCCGAGCAAGAUGCAAAGAGUUGGAUUGACCGUAUUCGCUCGGAGGUGCACACCGACGAGGAAGAAGAGGCUAUAGUCGCGGAAUCGAGGACGAAGCCCUGGUCCGCUACCGUCUAUACUAGCGACGGCGAGGACCAUAAUGCAAUCAUAAUAGCGAGCGAACACUCGGAUAUUGGCGAAAAUGAACAUACAGUCAUGUCGAGCUCGCCUGAACCCUCACAAUCAUUGUCAACGGCAUCCCGUGGCCGAAAUUUGCCUUUUGCACAAGAAUAUUCCGGUAACGAAUUGACGGAAUACUCGGAUUUUUCUGAUGGACCAGGUAGCAGCUCACGACCGCAGCGACAUCAAGGCCGUAUACCCAGCGGCGGAUAUGACCACCAACAGCCCAAGCGUCCCUCUUUUGCCCGCGAGCAUACUGUGUCAGGGCCACUUGGCGACCCUGACCGUGUCAUCUGUGAUGGCUAUCUACAAUGUCUACGCAGCAAAGGAGGAGUUAGACAGUGGAAAAAGCUUUGGGUUGUACUACGGCCAGUCAGCCUCGCAUUCUACAAAGAUGAAAGAGAAUACUGCGCCAGCCGAAUCAUCCCAAUGUCCCAAGUAAUCAACGCUGGAGAAAUAGAUCCCAUCUCACGAUCGAAAAACUUCUGUCUCCAAAUCAUCACAGAAGACAGACCAACAUAUAGAUUUUGUGCGCCAGACGAAGAGUCUCUUGCGAAAUGGCUCGGUGCGCUGAAGAGUGUUGUUAUCGGGCGAAAGAAAGCAAUUGAGAUGAAAAAGGCAACUUUUGGUGGCAAUGCUUCAUCUGCACCUCCGGCACCUACGAUAAUCACGUCUCCUGAACCGUUUCAGCCUUUGCGGUGA